AUGGCUGAUCAGCAAGAAACAGAAAAAAGAAUCGAUUUUGACCCCGACAUUGUUGGCGGUGACGAUGGCGACUCUGCCAUAGACUCUCAAAGGUGGGUCGAGUCAACGGCAUCCAUCACCUCCAGUAUUCUCAAGUAUCGCAAAAUCCACGGGAGAACUUACCAAUCUUCAAAGACGACGGAAUACUGGGCUCCCAAUGAUGAGAAGCAUGUGGAAGGAUUUGACGUUGGUCACCACUGGAUCACCAUGCUCUUAGGCGAUAAACUCUACCUCCCACCCAUUGGAGACAAUCCACAGAGGAUCCUAGACGUGGGUACAGGCUCAGGUAUUUGGGCAAUUGACAUGGCAGAUAUCUUCCCCUCGGCACACAUCAUCGGCAUCGACAUCUCGCCUACGCAGCCCAGUUGGAUUCCACCAAACGUGAGCUUUCAGAUCGACGAUGCACAACUCGACUGGACCUUCGAACCCGAGUCAUUUGACUUUAUCCACAUCCGCUCGCUCCACGGCGCCAUCGAUGACUGGCCUAAGCUCUAUGGCCAGCUUUUCAAGUUCCUUAAGCCAGGAGGCUGGUUUCAGCACAUGGAACCGGGGAUCGCACUGCGCUGUGAUAACCCGGCCAUCAAGGUGGACAAGGACCACAUCUUUAAGCAGUGGGAUCAGCUCUUCUACAACGUUGGCGAUCGCCUGGGGCACACAUUUGACAUCACAGACAAGAGAAUGGAGAACUGGGCUCGCGAGGCCGGUUUUUCUAAGAUCACCCCUAAGACAUUUAAACUUCCCUACGGUGGUUGGCCCAAGGACCCAAAGCUCAAGGAACUGGGCCGAUACGUCAACUUCUACAUGGACAUGAGCUUGGGUGGCUUUGCCACUUACCCCAUGAGCCAGAUCCUGGGUUGGAGCCUCGAAGAGAUCACAGUAUUGAUUCCUCAGAUGCGUGCCGCUAUCAAUGAUCAGAAGAACUUCACAAAUGGUGACAUGUAUGUCACUUACGGCCAGAAGCCAUUGCCGUGA